AUUUCAUUUAAAAAAAUCCCGCCAUUUGAAAAACCCAAUCAAAAUAGAGACAGUCACCCUCUAUUUCCUCCCUGCAAAGCACAACUUCCCAAGUGUCUUUUACCCCAUUUUUACUGUCCCCAUUGCUAUAGACUACUCAACUUAAGGACCCCAUUUAAUUAUUCAAUUAUUUUAUUUUAUUUUUGUGCAUUUUCCUUUAUUUUAACUUUUUUUUGAAAAAUCUACUGUCAUGAUAACACUUACUCACUCCACUCUUUUCUUUCUUCACAGUUAUCAUAGUUGUCCAAAGUUCAAAACUUUACUAGUCCCCCCCAAAAAAGAAACUUUUUUCUUCACAUUAUUGAAUUUCCUUUUUCUUUUUUUAUAUUUAAUGAGUGAAGAAGUAUCAAAUUGAAGGUUAAAAAUUCAAUCUUGAAGAAGAAAUUUCCAAUGGGUUUGUUGAUUUUGAUCUUUAAACUUAUUUUAGUGACUACCCUUUUCAGCAUUUGUACUCUUGCUCUCACACCAGAUGGCAUGGUUUUGCUUGAAUUGAAGAAUGUUUUUAAUGAUACCAAUAAUGCCCUUGGUAAUUGGAGAGAUACUGAUGAUACUCCUUGUCAAUGGAUUGGGAUUUCUUGUAAUUCUGAAGACCAAACUGUCAUUUCUAUAAAUUUACCUUAUAUGCAACUUGGGGGGAUAAUUUCUCCAAGCAUUGGGAAGCUUACUAAACUUCAAAGACUAGCACUUCAUCAGAACAGCCUGCAUGGUUUUAUUCCUCAUGAAAUUGCAAAUUGUACUGAGCUCAAAGCAUUAUACUUGAGAGCCAAUUAUCUGCAGGGUGGCAUACCAUCUGAGAUUGGAAAUAUUUCUUUUCUAAAUAUACUGGAUUUGUCUAGUAACUCAUUAAAGGGUGCUAUACCUUCCUCCCUAGGGCGGUUAAGGAGGCUACAUUAUCUGAACUUGUCAACAAAUUUCUUCUCAGGGGAGAUACCGGAUUUUGGUUCUCUCAGCUCUUUUGGGAAUAAAUCUUUUAUUGGCAACUUGGACCUUUGUGGGCGACAAGUGCAUAAACCAUGCCGGACCUCACUUGGAUUCCCUGCAGUCUUGCCUCAUGCUGAGAGUGAUCAAGCUGCAGUUCCAACUAAGCGAUCAUCUCAUUAUAUCAAGGGGCUGUUGAUUGGGGCAAUGUCCAUGCUAGGAGUGGCUCUUUUAGUCGUCGUUGCUCUCCUUUGGGUUUGGUCAGUAUCAAAGAAAGAAAGAGCUGCCAAGAAAUACACAGAAGUCAAGAAGCAAGUCGAACCUGAAGCAGGAACCAAGCUUAUAACUUUCCAUGGUGAUCUUCCAUAUCCCUCGUAUGAGAUCAUCGAAAAGCUGGAGGCUCUUGAUGAAGAAGAUGUUGUAGGUUCGGGAGGAUAUGGUACUGUAUACAGAAUGGUCAUGAAUGACUGUGGCACAUUUGCUGUUAAAAGGAUAGAUCGCACUCGUGAAGGAUCUGAUCAAGUGUUUGAGCGGGAAUUGGAGGUUUUGGGUAGUAUCAAGCACAUCAAUUUAGUAAACUUGAGAGGCUACUGUAGACUGCCUACUUCAAAACUUCUCAUAUAUGAUUAUUUGGCCAUGGGCAGCCUAGAUGAUCUGUUGCAUGAACAAGGCUAUAGUGAUGAAGUAUUAAGCUGGAGUACUCGUUUGAAGAUAGCUCUUGGUUCUGCUCGUGGAUUAGCCUACCUGCAUCAUGACUGCUGCCCAAGAGUAGUUCAUCGUGACAUAAAAUCAAGCAAUAUACUUCUUGCUGAAAAUAUGGAGCCGCAUGUGUCAGAUUUUGGCCUUGCCAAGCUUUUGAAAGACGAAGAGGCUCAUGUUACAACAGUUGUUGCUGGUACUUUUGGUUACUUGGCACCUGAGUAUCUACAAAGUGGAAGAGCCACAGAAAAGUCAGAUGUUUACAGCUUUGGUGUUCUUCUGUUGGAGCUUGUGACUGGAAAAAGACCGACUGAUCCAUGCUUUGUUCAAAAAGGCUUAAAUGUUGUUGGUUGGAUGAACACACUAUUGAAAGACAACAGAUUAGAGGAUAUAGUGGAUAAAAGAUGCUGUGAUGUGGAUCAGGAAACAGCAGAGGCAAUACUCGAUAUAGUUUCCCGAUGCACUGAUGCAGAUCCAGAGCGUAGGCCAUCGAUGAACGAGGUUUUGCAGGUUCUAGAACAAGAGGUCAUGUCUCCUUGCCCUAGCGAUUUCUACGAGUCUCAGUCUGAUCAUUGCUAAAUGAUGGUGGAACUUGUGAUAUAACAUGUGCUUGUAAGCUGUAAUCCUGCCUUGGGGUUUUGUAUAUUAAAUUAAUUGAUUAAUCUGUGCAUUUUGUUAUGCAACCCUUAAAAAUUAAUCUCAUUAGAAUAGUAUUCCAUGUUCAAAGGUUAAAUUAAUGGAUCAGGUUUCGAAAAAAUAAUUACGGAGU